CCUUCAUCCCUUCAUUAAUUAAUGGAGCUUCAGGUUUCUUCAGAGAAGGGAAAGAAAAUAUAAAGGGAAGAGAGGGGAAAUAAAAAGAUUAAAUCUCAUGACAUGGGGAGAGUAAAGCUUCAAAUCAGGAGGAUUGAGAACACAUCAAACAGGCAGGUCACUUUCUCAAAAAGGAGAAAUGGGCUCAUCAAGAAAGCUUAUGAACUUUCUGUUCUCUGUGAUGUAGAUGUUGCUCUCAUCACGUUCUCCCCUUCUGGAAGACCCACUGUCUUCUCUGGAAAUAAAAGCAUUGAGGAGAUUCUGGCACGGUACAUCAAUCUUCCAGAGCAUGAGCGAGGGCGGCUGAAAGAUAAAGAGUUUCUAGUUCUACAGAAGGCGCUUGGCAAGUCAAGAGUCGAUCAAAAUGAACAAGCUUGUCAAUUAGCCAGUUCAACUGUUAGCACUGAUUCUCAAUUAGAGGAGACUCAACAAGAGAUAGUUAAAUUGAGGUCUCAGAUUGCAGAUAUGGAGAAACGACUGAGGGUUUUUGAAGGUGAUGUUUCAGAAAUCAUGACAUUGUGUGAGGCUGAGUGCCGGGAGCAGAUCCUAGAAGCAGCUCUGAAACAAGUACAAAUGCGCAAGCAAGUUAUAGAGGAAAAAUACAAUUCUCCUAGUGAACCACAGUUACAUCCUCCAGACACUGCAGAUGUAAAUGGUUUCGUAAAGGGAACUACUUCAAACAGCAUUUUGGAUCAGUGGAUUCCAGAAAGAUACCCACAAGUUCAGACUAUGAACUUUCUAGAUUCAAAUGGACUUCUUCCACAAAGAGACCAGACCACGCAUGGCGUAGCUGAAAUUUUACAUGCAGAACUUUGUACUCUCCUUCACGGGCAAGACAUGAAUGUUGAGGAUCACGUAAGUCCCAGAAGUGGUUUGGAGAAUGACAGCAAUUUUUUGCAACAUUCUCAGUUUGGACAAGCUAUUGAUGUCAAUUUGUCCCGUUGGACUGACCUCUACCCAGCAGGGAAUGAUCCAUUUCAAGAAGCACAGGCUGGAGGACGGGAACUUCUUGUUUUGUCGCAGAUUUCACCCUCAAGCACAUGAUUUUAGUUUUGUUUUUGUUGUAUUUCUUUUCUUUUCUAUAUUCUUUCGUGCAUUUUCUAUUUGGUUCACUAUUUGAUAAAGCCAGUAAUAAUUGUUUCAGUUUCAA